GCUGCGGGCGGAUGUCCGGCGUGACCGUGUGAGUGUGUGUGUUGCUGUGGUUUGUGGAGCAGCUCGGCUGCAUUCCUCCUCUGUCCAGAGACCGAUAGAGAGAACGAAGAAGAGGAGGAGAGAAAAGAAGAAGAAGAAGAAGAAGAAGUAGAAGAAGAGAUUAUUGUUGUUCGGCACCGUGUUGGCUUUUCAAACCAGGUCUCCUCCUCCCCCCGGACACAGACACCGAACCAGGCCCCGAGAGAAAAAUCUAAAAUAAGAAGUGAAGCUCGAGACGGAGGAGAAACGCAGGAGCUGGUUUUAAUCCUUUAUUCUCUGAGAACAAAAAGACGCGUGUUGCCUCCUCUUGAAUCCGCGGAGCUCUCAGGUGAGCCGAGGGACCCGCAGCUGCUCACACGGCGGAUAUCUCCUGUUUUCUAAUGAGGAUUUACAAGAUGGCUGAUGACAGCUAGCCCCAACAAGGACAGAAAGAAACGCGACGGCCCCUUUAAGAUCCGCGGGGUGUAUUUUUAUAUGUUUUACAGCUUUGAUUAUGAUAUAAAAACGCAAACAUGGCCGCCUUUUAGAUCACAAUCACAAUGAGCACUAGCGUCGUUAGCAGCUAGCAGCAUUAGCUGUUUAUCUGUACCUGGGCCACGGUGGAAAACGGUGAGCUGAGCUAAUUCGACCGAGAUAAGGAAGUGGGAUUCAUGUGUUGUUGGCUGAAAGGUCGAAGUGGAGAUCGGAGAAAUAGGUGAACUGGUUUGAAGAGCACAGAUAUUUGAUGGUUGGAUAGAGGAAGAGGAGGAAGACGAAGCAGAAAAGCUCGGCGACAUUCCUGCGGAUCAAACCCUUUGUUUUGUGCGCAGGAGCCGGACUCGACCAUUAGCUAUGCAGCCUGGGAACGAUGGUUUGAUGGGAUUAUAGAUCGAUACAGGGCAGAGGAAGCAGAGGCCUUGUUGUGUUCAGGUAUGCGAGAACUUCGUCUCACGUCGCUUCCAUGUCAGAUUGAAGCUCCCGGAGGUUCCCGUGCUGCUAAUCCGACCUGCGAGGCACCAUUCCCCGUCUCGUAUGUAUAAUUAAACCGGUGAUAGUGGUGCUGCUGGUGGUGGAGGCUGCUCGGAUGCUUAUUUAUGAUUCAGCGGACAAAAGCCUUUCUGCCUGCGUGGUGAUUAUACACAGGGUUUCCUGCGUCCUUGAGCUCCUGAUCUAACAGAUUCAGGGUCUUUAUUUUAAAAAAAAACAUCUAUUGUGGCCAGUGAUCAGGGUGUGGACUCCAUGUUCAGUCCACCCAUGUUGGAAGCAAGACAAAUACCAGGAUCAAGUGUCUUUCCCAUGGUCACGUUGAGUUGUGUGGCUGUUUAGUUGCUCUGUGCCUUGUUUUGCAUUUGCUGGUGAACCUGUCGUGCAGAGGCUUCCUGUAGGCCUGUGAAACACCUAGAAUCUGUGAGGCCCUGUGUGUGCGUGUGUGUGAUUUAGAGGAAAUUAUAGCAGCGUUUACUGUAAUCUGUGUAACGUCAGCUCCUGCUGUGUGUGUGUGUGUGUGUGUGUCGACAUCACCAAGGUGUUGUCACCCUCGCCCCAGGCCUUCGCCGGUCAGUUUUCUGGAAUUCGCCCUCCAUGCUGCAGAAAUAAGCAAUAUACUCGUCAUCUGUCAGGGAGACUCCAGGUGGAACGUGUUGGCUUAGAUCUUUCAGGACGCCAUCGAGUCUGUUUUUAUCUUUUCCUUUCCGAAGACACUCUCUGAGAGUGUCCAGUUUCCUGCAAGGCCUCCGAGGUCUGGGAGAAGUGGGGAACAGAUAGUGUAUGCCUGCCUGCACCAUGAUGGCCUCUGACAUGGCUGAGACGUGGAGGAACUGUUUUGAGGAGGAGCUCAUCUGCCCCAUCUGCCUGCACGUGUUCUCAGAUCCCAUCCAGCUGCCCUGUAAGCACAACUUCUGCCGGGGCUGCAUCAGCGAGGCCUGGGCCAAAGAGUCCUCGCUGGCCCGCUGCCCCGAGUGCAAUCAUGCUUAUACGCAGAAGCCCAGCCUGGAGAAGAACCACAAACUGUCCAACAUAGUGGAGAAGUACAACGCCCUGAGCGUGGAGAAGGCCAGCACGCCGCCGCUGCAGUGCAUCCUGUGCCGCCGAGGCCCACCGCUCCCGGCAGUGAAGGUCUGCCUGCGCUGCAACGCCCCGUGCUGCCAGUCCCACGUCCAGACACACCUGCAGCAGCCGUGCUCAGCCCUGGGGCACCUGUUGGUGGAGGCGGAGGCGGUGAAGGCCUGGACCUGCCCGCAGCACGACGAGUACAGGUUGUACCACUGCGAGGCCGAGCAGACGGCGGUGUGUCAGUACUGCUGCUUCGCCCGCUGCAACCCUAGCCACAGCCACGCCGUCACUGACGUGGAGCUGAGACGCAACGACAUCCGACAAACCCUGUUAAGACAGCAGGAGCGUGUGGAGGAACGAGUGCAGGAGAUCGAAGAGCAGCUUUGUAAACUCGACUCAGACAAGUGUGUGGUGGAGGACAGGGUGUGUGAGCUGAAAGAGGAGGUGCGCCUGCAGUACCAGCGGAUGCACCAGAUCCUGGAGGAGGAUCUCGGUCGGACACUGGAGGCUCUGGACCGGGCUCAGGCUCGGUUCUGUCAGGAGAACUCUGCCCAGGUUCUGGCUCUGGGGGAACAGCGCCACGAGGCUCAGAAGCUGCUGAGCUCCAUCCACACGGCCUUCGGCAAAGCAGAGGAGCUGAGCUUCAUGAAAAACACCAAACCGGUUAAAAUCCUCACAGACAGGUCUCAGGCAUGUAUGGGCAACAGUCUCCCUCCUUACAAAGUUGGGAAUCUAAACUCCAAACUAUUCCUUUCUGAAAUCUCGAAAAGAGAGAAGAGCUUGAAGAGAACAAUGGAAGCUCCCCUCACCCCUCCCUCCACCUUCCUCCAGUCCGUUCCUGCCUAUCCCAGCGGUCAGAGCUCUGGCUCUGGAGCGGACAAACGGAAACAUUCCACUGCCUUUCCAGAGGGGAACGGGAGCGUAGGAAAAACCACCGCUCCAGGUUUCAAGGACUCCUCCUCUUCCUCAUCUUCUUCCUCAUCGCUUGCCAAGCAGCCCUACCUGGGCUCCAGCUCUGCUUCUGGCGAGGGCCAGUCCUCCAAUCAGCAGCCGCUCGGCCCCUGCGGCCCGCCUCACAUCAGUGAGAGCGGCGGGACAGGGAGCGGAAGUGGCUCGCUGACCAACCAUCACUCGGGCUCCGUGUUUGGCUCCUCGCACUUUGCUCCCGGAGGCAGCAGCUCCUCCCACUCCUCCCAGCAGGCCGUGCUGCCGCAGUACGGUGGCCGCAAGAUCCUGGUGUGUACGAUGGAUAACUGCUACUGCUCCGGAGUGCCCUCGGUGUCGGGUCACCGUAGCCAUCCCCCAUACCCGCGCUCGGGCUCCUUCCCCUGGGUCAGCGCCCAAGACUACCCCCCUCCACCUGGCCUGGCGUCUGGAGGUCCGUCCAUGCAGGGACUGGCAGUGAGGGACUGGAUUGACGCCUCUCAGACACACAGACACGCAGAUUUCUACGGGCUGUAUGGGCAGCCCUCUACAAAGCACUAUGUCACCAGCUAACAAGAGUACACACACACACACACACACACACACACACACACACACCAGACAGAUAUAGAGACAGGCACCAAUAUAGCACACCGUUACCGACUUACUAACUGGAAAAAAAUCUUAAUGCAGUUAUACUAUACACACAUUAAAAUAAAUUAAUGUUUAUAUCCACACACAGAUCUAGAGCAUGUACACACAUUCGGGGGCAGGGUCGAUCUCUACGUGUUUUUAUUUUCUUCCUCUCUUUACUUUCGGUCAGUGUCUCAUGUAGUGUAUUAUACGUAAAAUGCAUAAACAGCCAACCCGCUCACUCUGGCUCAGCUCAGCUCAGCAUUUUACGCUCAGACCGAGAGAAGCCGAGGAGCCGAGGAUGAGAUGCAUCCUUUUUAAUUUAUAGAGCAGGAGAUGGAUUGAUAUAAAAUGAACUUUGAAUAGAAAGUCUUCUCACACCUUCAUGGCUUCUCGCUGAGGCUAAAGGGAAAACAAAACGCCGUUGAGCUUUCCAAUCCAGCGUCUCGUGUUUCUCUGAUAUAAUCACCCCUCCAGUUAUACUGAGGUCAGUUGCCUUAUGUUAUUAGCGUCAUAUUUUUCUCUGCCCAGCUGACUUUGUUUGAUUGAUCCUCUAACGAGGGACCGCGGCUCCUUCGUUUCUCUAUUUUCUUAAAUCAUCGUGGCAUUUCCUCCUUUCUUUGCUGAGUUCAGGGAUGGAUUGUACGGCUUGAACACAAAAACGCUCUUCCAUGGAACACCCACAAUGCACUUGUGGACGCCUUGUUAUGCCUGGACUACAGACGCUGACCCACAGAGGGACAGUGGAGCUGCAUCUGAAGGGCCGGGUGUCCCCUCCGAGUUUCAGCCCUUAUCCUUAGCACUCCCUUCCUGCUGCCAGGAUUCCCACAGGACAGAAAAUCUUCUGACAAAGACUGUUUCCGUCUAGUAAUUACUUUGACUUUGUCUUAUUUUGUACAACCGUCGGCGUCACGCUUGUCCAGAGAGACUCUGAUUUUAGAGCAAAAAGGCCAGAAUGGACAGACCAAACCAAUCAAGCAUCUGGAGGAUCUGAUGAUGCUGUAAUUGUACUUCCUGCAGGGCAAAGAUGUCACUUCCUCUCAAUAAGCACACAAGCUCUUGGCUUCCUGUUUGCAGCUGAAAGCAUGCAAGGAAGAGUUUUUUUUUUAAAGCACUCAAAAAAGAAGAACAAUGGUUGGAGAAAAAUAACUGUGUGUGUGAAAGAGAAAAAAAAAUGGUGGGGAGGAAUUUUUUUCAUGGAACUUUUUCUAAAAAGAACAAGACUGGACUGCGAGAUGUAAGCAACGGUUCAUCAUCCUAAAAAUGAGCUGUUACAACAGUCGACAUUAAAAAAAACAACAACAACAUAAAAGUAUCUUUUUUUGUAAAUAUUUUGUGAAAUGGAAAAAUUACAGACGUGAUUUGGAGAAGGGUUCCAAAUAAACAAAUUUAAACUGG